CCACCGGUUGGGGGACAGUCGGGUAUGUCGGGGAUGCUUGUUGUCGUCGCGUGUGUUUCCGCUCCGUUUUCGUGCGCGUUUCUCUCGGUCAGGACGACGCCGUGGCGAGUCACCGGCGGGAUACGCCGGGUUACACGCGCGCGCCACGACGCUCCGAACGAUCUGUCCACGUUCCGGGCCGCCCGCGCGCACGGGAGUGCGUUGCCGCUCGAGACGCAGCUCCCACUUGGUGAGGUUACGCCAAGAGAGCCUGUCAGCAGUCACUGUUCGCUCGCGGCCCGCGGCGCAUCGCCAUUUCCAGGACGACGCCACGCGACGACGCUCGGCGCGACGGAGGUUAAACUGUCGCUCGAGAGCUAAGUGGACGCGCGCGACGAUGUGGAGGAGCUGAGUACGGCUCGUCGUCGACGUCGAGUACACGAGGGAUGAGCGGUUCGCGACUUGGCAGAGGCCGCGGCGGCCGCCUGGCUAUUUACGCGGGCUGCGGGGUGCUGGUCUUCUUUCUGGUGUUCCUCUAUCGCGCCGCCAACUCCGAGAUGACCAGGCUGCGGGAACUCCACCUCAAGUGUGCUCAACAGCAAGAGGCACUCGCCGCUCAGCUUCAAGUUAUAUUUGAGUACAAAGCUCGACUGGAAAAGUCGCUGGCCGAGGAGAAGAGCUCGAAUGCCGCGGUAAAGCAAGAACUGCAGCAGCGCGCGUCGAGGGAGAAGUCGCUACGUGACAAGGAUAGCGUGGAGGCGAUGCAGAGGUUUAACUCGCUCCAGCAGACUUACAAGCUUCUGCAGACGGAACAUCAGGAUUUGCAGGAGGAGUGUAAGAAGCAUGAGAAGCAGGCGCUGGACGAGACCAGUAGGCUGGAGACGACGCUGCAGGAUCUUCGCAGUCGCAUCCGACAAACGCAGGAGGAGAAGAUGAAGUCUAUAGAGAACUUGAAGACUAAAUACAUGAAUUUGCAAGUGAAUAUGCAGAGACUCCAAGUAAAAUACAACGAACAAAUGAACAUAAAAGGCGAUACCAUUAUGCAACUACAAAAAGAGGUGUCUCAGCUCAAGCAUGAACUCGAGAAGACCAAGAAUUCUUAUGUAAGAAGCACAUCACCGAGCCCAAGUUUAGUGAGUCCCGAGGCAUCGGUGAUACAUUCAGCACCGAAGGAAGGCUCGCAGCCGAUCCCGGCGCCACAGCAACAGCAACAACAACAACAGAGUGUGGUACACGACGCCGCGAGUUCGCGAAGAGCGGGGAAUACCUCUACCGUGGCAAGCGCGAACAAUGGCAACAUGGUGUCGCCGUCUCUAGAUAAGGCACCGUCACCACACAGGCCAAAGGUCAAACUGCCAAUCGGCGUACUGCCGAUCCCGGAAAUCCGAGAGGACGACAAGAAGCCGGAGGAGACACAUCAGGAAGAGACUCGGAAGCGGGACGACGCUGUUCACAAUUCACCGCCGAAAUUCGUUCCGGCGAAUCCGGACAGUAAAGAGAAAGAAGCAAUUGUCGAAGCCGGCAACUUGGACCCACCGUUCGUCGCGAAUCCUCCUGCGCGUCAUGUCGGUGAACAGAUCGAGAGGAGAGCGAACGACGGUUGGUUCAAAGUGGGGCCUGGAGUGCAGGAAGUCGGCGAGGAGCUGAAUCGAGUUCCCAGAUUAGACGAUGGGCAAGCUAAUGCCGACGAUCAGUACGAUGGCGGUGAAUACGAUAAGGAACCCCAACAAAAGAACGACAUUCGAUUGGCGGAAGGCGAGGACGAGGGGGAAGACGAGGGCGACUUGUUUGAAUAUCCGGAUAAUCUGAACCAAGGAAAACGGGAAUAAAGUCGGCGCUGUUCUGACAUUUUGCGCGGCUGACCAUGUGACACCAGUAGAAGCCGAAUGAAAAGUAGAUGAUCUGACCUGGCUGAUACGCAUUGUUCGUAUCAGAAUCGAUCAGAAUCGUAUUCGGGUUCAGUCGACGGCGAAGAAUAUUCAUUAAGUGCAGCGUGAAUCAUUCGAUGCCAUUUCGCGGGAAGCGUGCGAAAAUUAGGUGAACACAUAGGAGCGACUUCUCGACGGACAAUUCGACUGGCAGAUUGAUCCGCGGAUUUUAUCUACGAUGAAUCAGUACGGCGAGAGUACUCGCUCCUGUGCGCUCAGUUAAUUGAUCCAUCUUUGCAUUUCGCACGUGAUUUUAGCCAAUUCUAUAUAUGAUUGUAUAUAUACACGGUACAAAUAUUGUCAGCCGCAGCGAGGCGUCCGACGCAGGCCAGACGGCAACGUGGAAGUCCGGCGCUGCGCGACCGUAACGCAGACUCUCGACGAAAGAAAGCAAGAAAAAACAGACUGUAUUUUUCUAGACUAAGAUCUACAAUGCACGAGACGAGUACGUCAAAAGUGACUUAACUGCACGUAUUACUUAAGACACUCGUGACAUUGUUGACUAGUACAAGUGCGGUAGCUUGGGCUUACACAUUGCAUUAGCGGAAACUAACUGCGCCUAACGACGAGUAUACUUUCACCGAGCGAUUGUUUCGUGGAUUUCGGUUUCACCGGACGAAUUUCUUCCUUGGAUGUUAAUUUCAGUAUUGCGCAAUUUAUAUACAGAUUUCCAUCGCUGUUAUUAUAUCAUUUCCUUACACGGCUUUGUACGUUUGCUAUACAUGAGUUUUGUUUUCUUUUCGAAAUUAUUCUUGUAAAUAUUUUCGUCUUUUUACCUUGAGGUCUGUUUUAUUCUUUAGGAUUUUGCUUGGCUCAACAAAACGAGUGAUAUAUCGAAUUCCGUAAUAUUUGACCUCAUUUUUUUCGAUGAAAUUCUGACAUUUCCAAACGGAUCUUACAUAAUCUGUUGCAAGAUUUCAGACAUUGGAAAAGACUCAGAAUGGACCAAAACGCGUUUUCAGCGUUAUUCCAAUAUUAAAUGUUUAUUUGUACGAUGUACAUAUUUGUGAAGAUGUCCGCAAAUAUGCAUUUUUAUACACAGAUUUAUGCGCGGAAAUAUUUAAAUUAUACAAUUUAAAUACAUAUAUUGCAUGAGUCUGUAUAAAAAAAUGAUCGAA